UCGCCGAAGCCGAUGGGCUCCGGAGGCUGUGUGGCGCGGCGGCUUGCGUCGCUGCUGUGGCGUAGGGCUCUAUCCGCGGGAGCGGGGCCCUCGGUGGGCUCCGGGCCGCGGCUUGGGCUGCUGGCCGCGGGGCGGCUUAAGGCGGGACCGGCGCUGGGCCGGGCCUGCCUGACCCCGGACCGCGCGCGCGGCCUGCACGGCGGACCGGGCCUGGAGGAGCGGGCGGAGGGGGCAGCCGGUCGGGGGCGCCCGGAGUCAGGCACUGCAGAUCAUACCGGUCCCAAGUUUGACAUCGAUAUGCUGGUUUCACUCCUGAGGCAAGAAAAUGCAAGAGACAUUUGUGUGAUCAAGGUUCCUCCAGAAUUGAAAUAUACAGAUUACUUUGUGAUUGGUAGCGGAACUUCCACCCGACACUUGCACGCAAUGGCCCACUACAUUGUGAAAAUGUAUAAAUACUUGAAAUAUAAAAGUGAGCCUCAUGUUAAGAUUGAAGGGAAGGACACUGAUGACUGGCUGUGCGUGGACUUUGGCAGCAUGGUGAUUCACUUGAUGCUUCCAGAAACCAGAGAAACCUAUGAAUUAGAGAAAUUAUGGACCCUACGUUCUUAUGAUGACCAGUUAGCACAGAUAGCACCUGAGACUUUACCUGAAGACUUCAUUCUUGGAAUAGAAGAGGACACUUCAUCCCUGACUCCAGUGGAGUUCAAAUGAGAAUAAAAUGAUAUGAAUUGUUAGUCAUUAUCAGAAUUGGAUUGAGUUACUUCUUAAAAAUACAGCUCUCAAACUCCACCUGAUUGGUCAGGUUGUUGUCAAAACAAGCCUUAUCUGUGGGCACUCAUGCUAAAUAAAUGAAUGUGGAAAUUGUAGGUAAGUGAGCUGAUCGUCACACCAAGAAUCAGUACAUUUAAACUAAAAUUUUAAUAUAUUGUUUUUAUUCCUGAGAUCCCAGCAGGAUUUCCCAGAGUUAACAUUGGCCCCUGUACUCUGCCCACAGUUUGAUUUUGCCUAAGUGUAAAUCUUAUUCUGGAACAGCCAUUUUUUUUUUUUUUUUUAAAUAAAGCAAAAAAUAUAACCACCCCAUUGGUCUUAUUACUUAAAACUUACAGUUCUUACUUCAUAGGCACCAGUAGUAUCAAGAUCCACAGUAAGUACUAUAGAAUGAAGAGAAUAAGGUAAGCACCAAUAUCUAGUGGUAAAUUGAGAUUGACAUAGUAUUACUUAAAAAUCUGAGUUUAUAGCUUGAUUAAAUUUGAACAUUCACAUUUUUUUGAAAAACCAGAAAUAAAACAUACCAUACACCAGGCUGCACCUACUGAUGAAAAACUUUAUUCUGCAUCAAGGUAUCUGGAAAACGAAGCUGCAUUUGGGGCACAUUACAGAUGAGGAAUGAUCCAUGUGCGAGGGGAAACAAGGCUGAAGAAGUUGAGUUACCUGGCCCAUCCAUGAUCACAUAGCUAAUCCAGCUGGAGGGAGAACUGGAUUUGUCUCCACUGCCCAUGUUCCUCAUCAUUACACCAGUGGUGCUCGAAGUAUGGUCUUUGGCCCAUAUGCAUCAGAACCCCAGGUCUGUAUGUGCAAGAAACUGCUAUGUUCACAAAUCUAAGACUAUUGGUAAAUUCCCCUGAAGUACGCUCGUUAGAAUUACAUGAAAUAAACUAGCACUAACUUGGCAGAAGGAAAGUAAAUGGCUUUUCUAUUUUUGCAGAAUAUAUGAAAUCACACAAAAAGCCUGGGCCAGGGGAACUGUUGCAGAGGCUAUUGAAGGGAGAGGAAACCAGCAUUCUUAUGCAGUCAUAGGAUUUGGGGACCCAGCUGGUAGUUGUUUGAAAAGAAAAAAAUCUGCUAGACAUAUGGUGUAUAAGAAGCAAAUUCUUACUAUUUACCAAAUAUAUGAUUAUUAUGUAAGAACAGAAAGCAAAAAAAUGAUAAAAACUACCCCAAAUUCUACCAUUAUGAUCCCUGUCAGUUACUAAUGUAGUCUACUAGAUCUCUUCCCACACAUUUACAAUCAAAGAAUGUUUUUAUUUUUAAUGGAGUCAUCUUUUCUCUCUUCCUCUGUCACCUACAGCCACGCUAAUACUAUUCCUACUUUAUGCUGGGCACUAAUUUUGAGUCUAUAACACAAGCAAGUAAUUACUUCCCUUUAGUCUAGGCUCUUAGAAUUAUUCACAGGAAACCCCUGGAACAAAAAUAUCAUUCUUUAUCUUUCUGACUAGAUCUGUCAAUACUGGUGGGGGGAGGGCUGGGGCUAAGGGCACUCAUACAUGGAUGUUAAGAGUAUAAAUUGCUAUAGUCUCUAAAAAGUCUGAAAACACAUGCCCUUCGACUCACCAAAUCUACUUUUAUACACUUACCUUAAAGAAUAAGUUUGUAUGUAACAUUUUGGCUAAAAGAACUCUGUCCAUCACGGCACUAUUUGUGCAGAGUAAGUUAGGAACAGUCUAAAUGUCCAGUAAGUGAACACAAAUAAUUAGCAAAUACCAAAUAUAUGCCUAUUAAGUACAUAUAUGAAAUUUAUAUGUAAGUCUAGCAAAGUGUUAAGAAUGGUGGUGCAUCUUUCAGAUUGUGCAUGUUUCAGACUUUCUUGGAAACAAAACAUUUUACCCUCAUUGUAAAACCUCUAAAGCCUGAAAGAGAGAACACUGAACACCUAAAUAUGCAGUUUUUCCAAAGCCAAUCUACUAGGUUCUUCUUGCACGUGUCAAAGACUUAUUUUUAACUCCAUCAGGAAACUUGUAGCACAGUGAAGUUGGUUCACCCCUCAGUCUUUUACCAUCUCUUUCCCUUUUACUGUUUAUCUUGGCUGCAUUUCCUGUUCAUGUAUUUUGUUAUCUUUUGCUACAAGAGAGCACAUGAGGGCUAUUUCUGUGUUUUGCUUUUUUAUUAACUAUUUACUUUACACACAGUAAAAUUCAUUCUUUCGUAACAAAUGCAUAGGCAGAUAACCACCACCGCAAUCAAAAAUAGUUCAGUCACUCUCCACAAUUCUUCCUGGUAUCUCUUUGUAUUCAAGCCUAUCUUCCACCUCCAGUUCCUAGCAACCACUGAAUUUUUUCUCUAUCCCUAUAGUUCUGCCUUUUCCAGAUUUUACAUACAAUUGGAUCAUAGAAUAUGCGACCUUUUGGGUCUGAGUUCUUUCCCUUAGCAUGUAACAUGAGAUCCAACCAACAUGUAUCUAUCAAUAGUUUGUUCUUAAUAUCCUCUGUAUAGGUGGACCACAGUUUAUCUGUUUGCCCUUUGCUGAACAUGUGCUGCUUCCCCUUGGGCGAUAGCUGCAAAUAAAGAUGCUAUAAACAUUUGAGUCCAA